AUGAUGAUUGGCAGUCUGUACUGGGAUUUUGAGAAACAUGAUUUUGCCCUGGGCCCAGUCUCGGACCGCCACUUCAUCAGAGGCCGGAGGAUCUUGUACCAUCAGAGGCAUGAUGGCGAUGGUGGUGACCCAAGGCUUCCCUUGCUCCGCGGUCUCUUCCACUCAGUGAGCGAGUUUUCGAAUGCGAUUCUUGCCAUGUGGCUGCGAGAGUCUAAUGAUGAGGCCCUCCGCGUCGACGACGACCAGCCAAAACUCCCGACGAGCCCAGCUUCUUCUGAGGCCAAUGACACCACUUCGACAACGACCGCGACCACUGACUCGGUGACCGACACAGAUGAUUCCUCGGAAGAUGGCAAUCGGCCGCACUCCUGGUACACGAAGGCUGAUGUAGAGACCGCUCAUGACCAGGUCUCAAAGCUCCGUGAUAUCGUCGUACCGUGGCUGGUGGACAAGCUCACCCCAGAACAGCAGAAGCGAAUGCGGACGUACAUCUUCCACCCCGACCUCCACUGCUCGAACUUGAUGAUUUCGCGGCGGGCACAGACCCAGAUCGAUGGCGAUGGCGAUAGCGAUGACAUUAACGUGCUGGGAGAGGAGUAUGCGAUCCGCGCUGUUCUCGACUGGGAACAUACAGUCGCCCUGCCGGACUACCUCGUCCACCCGGUCAAGGUAGGGAUCUACUUCUGCGACGCCCUCCCUACUACAGAGUCCCCCGAUUUCUCCCGCGCGACACACGUCGACAGGUGCCUAGGCGAUGCGCCCGACGGCUGCCGCGCCGCACGGGGCCCAUGGAGAGCUGCCGUUGAGAUCCCCGCCGAGUCUGUGCCGGAGGCGCUCGUGCCGUGGCGCAGUGGCGACGAUUCCCGGGACGAUCCUGCCCCUGCCGGGGGCGCUGGCAGCGGUGGCAGCAGCAGCGUCGGUGGGGCCAGAGGGGCGGAUCCUGAUAUGCAGCAGAGGGAGGCCACUACGCCCGGCUUGAUGACCACGCCGCGGCAACUAACCAAUGCCGAGGUGUUGCUUCACCUGGUCUUCGACGAAUUGGACGUAUCACCCGGGAGGUGGUCAGAGGAUUGGGUCAACCCGCUUGUGGAGAGGGUCCAGGUUUAUGUUGCGAAUGAGGCAGAAAAGUGA